AUGACUACUCCCAUCGUAAUUACUAUCGGUCCCAUCGUCACCGGCGAUACUACCUUUGGCGAGGCUACCUCCUCGGCUGGAGGCUGCUCGGGCCCUGAGUGUAUUGAGAGUACCAGCACUGUCGUUAUUCCGUGCACUACAGAUGUGAAUAUUCCUGUUGUUCACACCGAGACCCCGGCUGUUACUCAGGCUCCCUAUCCAUCAUCCAACGGCACUGUCCCCGCUCAGGCCACUGGCACUGGAAUUGGUGCACCCAUUGUCACCGUUACAUGCCCUGACUCUCCCCAAUGUGCGCCCGCCCCUCCUUCGGCUGCCACCGAGACUGUUAUCUGCCAUGGCUCUUCGAAGUGUGCUCCUUUUCCGAGCCACACCGUUAUCCACAUCCAGUCUACUCUUUCAGCUACCGGUAUCCCUAUUUCUCAUCAGGCUACUUCUACUGGCAAUGGCACCGUCAGUAUCCCAAUAUCUACCAGUGGACAUCACGUUUCGACCUCUAUCGUCACUGAGCCGGCCUCGCCUUUUAUGACUCUAGUCCCGAGCAUGGCAGUCAUGGAGAGCUGCAGGGUUUCUACUAUGUUUGGUGCUCUUGCUUUGGUAUUCCUCCUAACAACUAUUCUGUGA